AUGGCUGCCAAUAUGGCCCAAAUGGGCGGCGGCCAGGCCCAGAUGAUGCCUCAGCAUCAAGGCAUGCCGCAGGGAGCCAACCCCCAGCUCACAGCGUACCUUGUCAAUCAAGUCAAGAACACACCCAUCCCCCCGAACGGGAUCACCUGGCAGAGCACACUUAUGCAUCAGGAGCGCGUCAACAAGCUACUGCAGCUUGUCACACAACUCAACAUGGCAGGUGGAGGAAACAUACAAGGAACAGCGCGCAUCGUCGAGCAGUCACUUGCGUUUGAGCGUUCGUUGUAUAACGGUUCCCAAUCAAAGGAACAUUACAUGAAUCAGUUUGACACCAAGCUCGCAGAACUUCUUGCCCGGCGGCAAGCCAAUGCGCCCAAUCUUCAAAAUCACCUGAACAACCAAGCGGCAGCACAGGCGCAACAGCAGCAGGCACAGGCUAUGAUGAACAUGCACCCGCAACAAAUGGGGCGCGGCAUGAGCCAGCAGGGACUUCAGCAAAUGCAACGACAGAUGCAAAUGCCGAACAUGCCACCACAACAGCAGCAGCAAUUCCGGCCGCAGCAACAACAGCCACAAUUUUCACAGCAGCAGCAGCAACAGCAGCUUAAUGCACAACAACAGCAGCAAUUGCAUGCCCAGCAAAUGGCCAUGAAUGCAGGGAACCAGGCUGGACGAGGAAUGGCCCAGAAUCAGCCAAUGAUGAACCAAGCCUUGCGGCAGCCCCAGGGUUCGUUGAACAUGAGCGCCCUCGCAGAAAUUCAGAAACUGGGCAACGCCGACAAGCACAAAGUGAGCCAGGUUGCCACGAACCUCUUCAAGAACGCAUCAGAGGAGCAGAAGGCACAUGCAAGGAAUCAAAUGCGGCAGAUUAUGAGCCCCGCUCAGUUGCAAGACCUUCAAGCCCAAGGUCGGGACCCUGCCACAUAUUUCUUCCAGCAACAGGCUUUUUUCCACCUGAAGGCAAAUGCUGCUCGUAGUCAGCAGCAGCAACAGCCCCCGGUUCAGCAGCAGGGCUUCCCUGCACCAGGCGGACAGCAGCAGCCAACGCCAAAUCCUCAGGCUGCGAUGAUGCAGCAACAGCGCAGCCAACAGAAUCCCCAGCAACUCCAGCCACAGCAACAAAGGCAGAACCUGGCGGGCAUAGGCUCCCAGGACACCAACGACUUUUCGCAGUUCCCAAAUAACCUUCAGAAUAUCCAUAACCAGCAACUGAACGGAUUGAUGGCCGAAAAUGCCGGGCAAAUGGUUGUUCCUGCCAGUGGUCGACCGAACACAGCCACUUCUCAGCCCAUGGCACAGAGUAUGUCGAGCCAAAAUCAGAAUCAGAAUCCCAAUAGGACUCCCAGGCAAAACCCCACGCAGCCGACGCCUCAAGGGCACGCCAUUGCGAACCCUCAUCAGAUGAGUACUGUGCAACAAUCUCAGGCUCAAUUGCAAGCGCAGCACUUGAAGCAGAUGCAAGGACAGCAGAACAUGAUGCAGGGCACCCAACAAAGCCCACCUAUGGGUACCUUGAACACGCCAGUCGCGCGCCCCGCCAAUAUGUCAGCCCAGCCCUCAACGUCUCCUUUCGGGGACCAAAGGUUCAACGCGCCUGGCUUCCAAGGGACCAACCAGCAGAUGGUGAAUAUGUUCCUGGCUAACAUUCCUGCACACGAGAGGUCGAGAGUGCAGGCCAUGCCUCAGCAAGAAAUGCAGAACCUGAUCAGCCGGUGGUUCGCAACUCGACAAGCACAAGGCCAACAGAUGGCCAACCGGGCGCCAGGGAUGGCCCAGAACAGCGUCAAUAUGGCUGGCCCGCCGCCGCCGCAGCAACAGCAGCAGCAGAAUCCGACUGGACAAUCCAUGGGGCAAGGCAUUGGGAACAACCCCAUGACGCGAACACCUGGGAACAACCAUAUGCAUCCGCAGGCGCAGCAGAUGAUGGAUAAUAUGGAUAUGCCACCUAAUGUGAUUAGCCACAUGCCCGGUUUGCCUCCCGAGAUCAAGAAGUGGAAGGAUCUCAAAGUCUGGCUCCAGCGGAACAACCAGCUCCCGCCGAAUGUCCGCGAAAACUUGGGAAAUUGGCAGCACAGGCAAUUUUCAGCUCUCAUGCAGAAGCAGCGGGAAAUGCGGGCACAGCAGCAGGCGCAGGCGCAGGCACAGGUGCAGGCACCUCAACAGCCCCAGCAGCCUGCUGCUCAGAUGCAGCCGCAGCCCGGCCUUCAGCAGCGGCAACAACAGCAGAUGCAGCAGGCGGCACCAAACCCUUCUGUGGCUGGCAUGCCGGGCUUUGGCGGACCAAUGCAACAGCCGAACCCUCAGAUGCAGGUCCCGCCACAAAUCCAACAGGUCACUGAUCAGGAGAUUCGACAGGUCAGGGAGUCAAGGCCACAAGCCGCGAACGCCACCGAGCAGCAGCUCAGGUCGUUCAUACUGCGCGUCAAGCUUGACAAUUGGCACAAGCAACAGCUCCAGGCACAGGCAACUGCGCGCCAGAAAAUGGGACAAAUGGGUGGCUUCGCCCAGCCAAGCGGGAGGACAACGCCUGGUGGGCAAGCCCAAACCGCGAACCAGAACCAGACGCCGUCGCAGGUAAACGGGCAGCAGCAGCAGCAGCAGCAGCAAGGUAUGCAGCGAGCCAAUGUCCCCGGUUCCCAAGGGCCGCCGACAAUGGGACAGCAGCAGCCCCAAGUGCAAGAGCAGAAGCCUCCGCCAACCAAUAGUCGAUCCAAGAAACAGCAGAACCAAACAACGCCAUCUCCCGCCCAAGGUGGCAAGAAUCUGAAGCGCUCCAUGGCAGACAUGGGCGGAGAUGUCGACGUGGCCAACGUGGCAGGCCCGCAACAGCGCAAGAGCUCGCAAUCGCAAGGUACCAAGGGUCCGAAUGCGGCCAUGCCCACUAGCGAAGACCCGGCGCAGGCAGCGCAGGGUCAGGCAAGACCUGGACCAAGUCAGGCCCAGCAAGCCCAGACUGCUGACUUCCUUCGCCUCAAGAGUAUUGGUGCGGAGGAGCAGCGCAACGAUAAGCAAAGCACUGCCGACCCAGUCCAUAUGAGCCCGGGAGAGUAUGAGCAAACCCUGCACAAGCUUCGCCGCAUAUCGUUUGAUAUGAACAAGAUUGGUCAGGGACUAGCCAAGUGGUACGGGCUCGCUGAUCCAAAUGACCGGGACCGUCUUGCGAGGCUUUUUUUCCGAUCGCGAAAUCGCAUUGUGAAGCAGUUUGUUGAUGGUUCAGCUGCGACGCAACCGCAGCCAGUUUUCAGUAUCACGCAGGCCGAUGUUGACCAGUUUCGGUCCACACUUGAAUCCAUGGCCAAAGACAUCACCAAACACGUGCAACAGAAGGCCAAGACCCAGCAAGGUCAGCAGCCUGGGUACCAGGCUCAGGAUGGCGUAAACGCACAGCGCCUGUUGAUGGCGCAAAAGGCGCAGCAAACAGCUCAGGCGUCGCAGCCGCCAGCAGGACAGCAGGCUCCUCCAGUCCCACUCAACGCUGCCAACUUGGAGAAGAAUGCGCAAGCCCUCAAGAGCCAGAAGGCGGCCAGUAAGAACAACAACAAGCCUCCUACGGCACCCACGACUGCGCAGCCUCCAUUCUCGCUGCAUGCUUCUUCUUCUCCGCACGGCAACCCUAGCUACAUUGGCAAGCCCAAGGACAUCAAUCUGCAGCUGCCACCUGCGAGGAAAAAGGCCAAGAUCGACAAAGUGGCUGGCCCAGGGGCGCAGGGAGCGACGCCGUCCCCCAAGACGACAAUGAGGACUCCCCCUGUUCCUCAGCCAGCGAUACCACAGCAACCUCCUCGCCCCGUGCUCACAUGCAAAGACGACGAGUGCCAGGGUUCGCUUGCCACGUUUGACAGUGAGCAGACCCUGCAGCAACACAUUGAGAACGAGCACCUCAAGCCCCGCCAAGAUCCUCUCAGGUUCUUCUCUGAGAACUUGGCGUUGGCCCUGGGCCUGGACCCUACGGGCGUGAGCAAGAAGGACGCGAAGCAGCCGUCGGCGAUGGCGACGAUGAGCCGGACCGCGUCCAGACAAGCAGCAACGCCGGCGUAUCUUGGGACGCCCAAGUCUAUGGAUGGCAGCGCCAUGAAACGGUCGGCGAGUUCUCAAAGCAAAGUGGACAUGAAACCGCUCGGCCCCGCCGCUCGGUCAGCGCCUGCGUCACCCGAAGCGUGGACGAAGGCGUGCUAUGACAACCAGGGCGUUUUGACCCAGCUCGGCAUACCCGAAGGCAUCAGCAGUGUCUUUAAGAACGUGGCUUACAUGCGAUACCUGGUGACGCCAAAGGAGACCCCCGACUCGACGAAGGGUGGCAGCGAACCCAGCUCGGACGCGCUCGACGUCAAGGUCGACUACGAUGGUCCUGAUGUCAAGUGGUUCAGUUUCGAGGAGGUGGAUGCGAAUAAUCUGCUCGGGGGUGAGGACGACUUCAGCGCGGCACUGUCAGCCGACGUCGACGCGGGUGCCCCGGCUCUCAGCCUGGACCCGACGCUGCUCGACAACGCACCACCCAUGGACGUGGUGGACUGGGACAAUGACUUCUCGAAGCCCUUCCAGUGGGACACUUCGCAGUACUCGUUUCCCGAUUUCGUUGGGGCCGCGAGUUAA